UCUCACAAAAAAAAAUAAAAUCAAUUGCAGCAAUCGAUUCGAUCGGAACCCAAAUCGAGGGUUUGGUGAGCGAGAUCGCCGGCGACCGGGAAGAUGGACGCCGGCGGGGGCGGCGUCUUGGGCGCCGUGCUCUGCAUGCUCCUGGUCUUCGGCAUCUUCCCCCUCCUAUUGUGGCGCCGCCGCUCCGAUGCCGCCGCCGCCACUGACAACCACCGCCUCCCGCCCCAACCCCUCCAGGAGGACCAGGUGCUACACGGUCGCGGCGCCGCGCGCCGCAUGCGUCGGAGGCCGGGGGCUGCUGGAGCAUCAACCAGCCGUGAUGUUGCAGAGGACGAUGCGGAGGAGGAAGACGAGGAGGUCCCGGACGCCCCUAGAUCCUCCAAGAAGGAGAAGAAAAGGCAAGAGCGACAGGCGCAGCGUGAGGCUGAAGAAGCUGCACGGGAUUCAAGGAGGAAUAAACAAGACCGGUAUGAGGAAAUGAGGAGGAGGAAGGAUGAGGAGCGCGAGGCACAAGAGAGACAACUGGAAGAAGAAGCUAGAGCACGGAAAGCAAAGGAGGAGGAGGCUGCUGCUCUAGAGUUUGAGAAAUGGAAAGGGGCCUUUUCUGUUGAUGCUGAAGGUACAACAGAGAGUGAGACACAAGAUGAUGGUCAGGGUUUGCUCCACAACUUUGUGGAACACAUCAAGAAGCAGAAGUGUGUUCCCCUAGAGGACCUGGCGGCAGAGUUCAGGAUGCGAACCCAGGACUGCAUCAACCGAAUCGUGACUCUGGAAAGCAUGGAUAGGCUAUCUGGUGUGAUGGAUGACCGUGGGAAGUUCAUCUACAUAUCCACUGAGGAGAUGAAGGCUGUUGCAGAGUACAUCAGGAAACAGGGGAGAGUGAGCAUAUCGCAUCUGGCCAACAACUCGAACCAAUUUAUAGAUUUGGAGCCAAAGGCCCAGUACGAGGAGGAGAGCCAUCAAGAUGACAGCGCUGCAGCAGAGACGGAGCCAUGAGAGCGCGUUAGCGUGGCGUGUUUAGGUGCUCAGAGAUGUUUGUAUUGAUUUCAAAGCUGCGUUAACAUGGGUUGAGUUGGAUAUUUGAGAAGGUGUGUUAAGCAAGCCACUGGUCAUAUAUAGUGGUAUAUAAUACAUUGAUACUUGUGCUGACAUGCCGAAUAUCAUGACUAGUGCUGAAGGAGGUUUGUUGCAAGCCGUCUGAA